UGCUCCGAAGGUGGAAAAGCGGGGAGCUGGAGCGUCGCGCUUCGGUCCCGCUGGCCGACGGGGCGGCUACUGGCCUUCCUGGCCAGGCCUCUUGCCCGCCGCCCGCCAUGGCGUCGGAGGGGCCGCGCGAGCCCGCGGGCGAGGGCAUCAAGUUGUCAGCAGAUGUCAAACCAUUUGUCCCCAAAUUCGCCGGGCUCAGUGUGUCAUGGUCAGAGUCUUCAGAAGCACGCAUUUUCCCCAGCUGUACAGCCACGACAUACUAUCCGUGUGUCCAGGAACUAGCAAUGCCUGAACAGAAACUCUAUACUGAAGAUAUGGCUUUUGGAGCUUCAGCUUUUCCACCUCAGUAUUUAUCUCCUGAACUCCCUCUUCAUCCAUAUGCCUAUUCUCCUUACACCCUGGAGUCGUCACAGAAUGUUUGCCCAAUGCCUGGCUCCCAGUAUGAUUACAACCAACCCAGCUGUUUCAGAGGAUUUCAAACAGUGAAGCCACAAAAUGAGCACAUGUGCCCUCUCCCGCAAGAUGCGAAAGCUCUGUUUAAGAAGAAAACCUAUGAUGAGCAGAAGUUUGGCUGUAAGAAGAUGGAUGGACCUAUGUCAUCCGAUUUAAAAUCAGUUAAAGGUUCACCUCGUAUGUCCAUUCAUGCUGAGAAUAGUUUGAAAUCAGAUGGUUAUUAUAGACGAACAGACAGGAAAUCCAGAAUCACUGAAAAAAGUGGAUCUGCCUCCAAACCUGAGUUUGAAUUUACCAGGUUGGAUUUUCCUGAACUACAGGGUCCAGAGAACAGUGAGAUACCAGAGAUACAAAAGCAGCCCAAGUGGGGGCCUUUACGCUCCGCCUCUACCGACAUUUCUCUUCUAAGAGAAGUGGGGAAACCCGCCACAGUGUUAGCAGAGGGUGAAAUAGUGAUGAAAAAUAAUAAUCGGAUUGAAUCUGUAACUGAUAAUGCUGCUACCAAUCCCUCUUCAUGUACGAGAGAAUUAUCUUGGACACCAAUGGGUUAUGUUGUUCGGCAGACAUUAUCUACAGAACUGUCACCAGCCCCUAAAAAUGUUACUUCCAUGAUAAACCUAAAGAUGAUUGCUUCAUCAGCAGAUCCUAAAAAUGGUAGUAUGUCAUCUUCUGAAGUGUUAUGUUCGGAGCCUUCCUACAAAGAGAAGCGCGUUGUCCAUCCUACUAAAAAGUCCAGAGCAUCACAAGGUGGCGAUCCUGAGCAAAAUGAAGCCUCAAGAAAGAGUAAGAAAAAGAGAGAAAAGUCUAAAUCAAAAUAUGAAGUCCUGACAGUUCAAGAGCCACCAAGGAUUGAAGAUGCCGAGGAGUUUCCCAAUCUGGCAGUUGCAUCUGAAAGAAGAGACAGAGUAGAGUCACCGAAAUUUCUGUCUAAACAGCAGCCACAGAAUAAUUUUAAAAGUAGUGGAAAGAAGAGCCAGAUUCCAGUACAGUUGGAUUUGGGAGGAAUGCUGACUGCACUGGAAAAGAAGCAGCACUCCCAGAAUGCAAAGCAGUCCUCCAAACCAGUGGUGUUCUCAGUCGGGGCGGUGCCCGUCCUCUCCAAAGACUCCAUGUCAGGGAAGAAGGGCCAUCGCUUUGGCCAGGUGAAGACCCCGCACAACCCCUUAGACUCCAGCGCCCCCCUGAUAAAGAAGGGGAAGCAGAGGGAGGUCCCCAAGGUCAAGAAGCCAACCUCGUUGAAGAAGAUUAUUUUGAAAGAACGGCAGGAGAGAAAGCAGCAGCGUCUCCAAGAAAACUCUGUGAGCCCAGCUUUUGCCAGUGACGAUGUCCAAGAUGUGCAAGACGGAGAGAGUGGUGGUGAUGACCAGGCCCUCGAGCAACUUGACCCCUCAGGGGCAACAGAAGAGUCGGCGUCUUUUACUUCUGUGGCGGAGAGCAAGUCGGCAGAGCAGAUGGGAGCUGAGCCCCAGAUGGAGGUGGAGGUCUGCCCCAAGAUCCACAGCCGGCGGUUCAGGGACUACUGCAGCCAGAUGCUCAGUAAAGAAGUUGAUGCUUGUGUUACGGACCUGCUGAAAGAGCUGGUUCGUUUCCAAGAUCGUAUGUACCAGAAAGACCCAGUCAAGGCUAAGACCAAACGCCGACUUGUGUUGGGGCUGAGGGAAGUCCUCAAACAUCUGAAGCUCAGGAAGUUGAAAUGCAUCAUCAUCUCUCCCAACUGUGAGAAGAUACAGUCAAAAGGUACCGUUGCUUCGUAGAUGUGUUUCCUCCCUGAGAAUCAUAAACGAUGUGAAGGUUCCUUCUCCCUGCACAGCCUCCCUUCCCAGAUGGUUUGCUGUUGUGAUCUCAUGGUAGAGGUUUCUGCAGAUCCCUGAGUUCGCUCGUCUGUUUGUCUUUACUUUUUAUUUUUAAAACAUUUCUUGGGCGCGCCGUGGAGCAUGUGGGAUCUUAGUUCCCUGACCAGGGAUUGAGCUCGGGCCCCCUGCGUUGGGAGCACGGAGUCUUAACCACUGGACCACCAGAAGUCCCCUGUUUGACUUUUAACAGCUACUAAAGCUGACUAGAAAUCUGAGGGUGGGACUGGCAUUUAAAGGCUUUGAGCUGCAUUUGAGGGCAGUGGUUCUCAAACGGUAGUGAGCGUCAGAGUCACCCAGGAGGCUGGUGAAGACACAGAUUCCAGAGUUUCUUCCUGAGCAGGUCCAGCAGGCCCCCAAAUUUGCAUUUCUAGUAAGUUCUUAGUUGCUGCUGCUGCUGCUGCUGCUGCUUCAAGGACCCCAGGCUAGAACCUCUGCUGUAGGAUGACAGCUGGGCUGCUGCUCUGUUGGAAUGCACCCUACCAGGUAUCUGACUCCAUAUUCCCUGGGGAGGGACUCUUAUCUCCUGCUGGGAGUCUGGCUGGAAAGGGCAGGGGCUUGACCUCUACCCUGUGACUUUGUCCUUGUGCCCACAGUUAGAAGUGGGGGCCCAGUGUCCUGCAGACCUGCUGCCCUUCCUCACCACAAGCCCAGCACUGGAAUGUCAGCUGGGUGAAGUGGGUCUGGACACCAACUUGCUGUCACCUCGUCUGAACUUCACCCUGUCUCUGAAGUGCCUGGUGCUGCCAGUUCGUUGCCGAGCUCUGGGGAAUGAAUUCUAGGGUGUGGACGGCUGGAUCUAGGCCUUUUCCCACUGUUGGCUUAGGUCCACGAAGUCAGCUGUUUGGGUUUCAGCUUCCAAAUUUUUUUUGUUCACGUCUUGCAUUCUCCUAUGGAUUUUCAUCUUUAGAAGACAAACCAGAAAAUGGGAAUGUGUGUGUUCAGUUGACAGUCUGCCUUGCUCCAUCUUUGAGCUCCCACUCCUCUGACUGUCCAGGAACAGAGCUGAGAGUGUGCUCAUGGGCACCUUGCGGAGUUGUUAAGCUUUGAGGCAUGAGGAACUUGACUGUGUUUUAGGAAUGUUUCUUCCUUGAAAGAGUGGGCCAAUAGAUCAAUAGAUUGCACUCGUUUUAAAGGUAAAAUUUAGUUUUACAGCGUGGGAUUAUGUUAAAAUACUGUAUUUGCGUCUGCCUGAUAAUUACUCUAAAUGGAAAUUAUCUGAUUGAGCAUUGCUUGUUUUAAGCUGUCUUGCUGUGGAACUUUGAGAAGUCAGCACUUGGAAGUGCUUUCAGCUCCCACUAGUAACGUCCACUGGGAGCUGAGGUGAGCAGAACCAUCUAGACUUGGCUGCUGUGUCAGGGAAAGCAGUGCAUGCUGCCAGCCUCCUCUCCCAGGGGAGUCAGACAGGACGCACUGAAUUCCUCCAAAACCAAGAUGUGACAGCAGGUGUGAAGUGUCACGUCAUUUAGCAGGGAAACUCCUUGGGGCUGGUCACGUGGGCGCCCUCUGCCUGGCAUACCCUCAACAUUGCAGACUCAGGUUCAGCAUAAUCCUCAUAUGCACUUUGGGUACAGUAGCCACUCUGACCAGAUGGGGUGCCGGGGGCCCACCCCAAGCCCAAGUUCAGGGACUAGGCAAGGGUCAACCAAGUAAGCUGGCCUUUUUAAGGACGGCAGCCAUCAGGCCAGUCGCAUUAUAGCUCUUCUCUGCACACUGCUGAAAUAGCCUUUGCAAUCAGUUCCUGAGUUGGGGUGGACACAGGGCAGAGACAGACCCUUGAGUGAGAGGCCACGGGGCUGAUGUCUAAGAGGCUCGGUCAGUCUCCCAUGAUGAGUUGAAAAUAUCUCAGUGUGAGAAACACAGCCAUCACCUCACGUCUGGUCCUUUUCCCCACCUUUUGCCCAGGACUGUUUUUUUUUUAAAGUUUAUAUUCCAGAGAUUGCUUUCUCAUCACCUUUGUACUCUUCAGGUAGAUCUGGGGCAGUGGGGUGGGCAGAUUUAAGGGAUGUGGGGCUUAACCAUUAAUCCCCAGUCAGACCAGCUACAGAAUGAGUUCCCAGUUCCCUCAGAGCAGUAGACUGUGCAUUUGAAAAGUUCCUCUUUUGAAAGAAGAUUAGGUAAUCAUAUGUAAUUAGGUACCAGGUGAUAGGAGAUCUUGGGAAGUUUUUCCUUCUUGUGUAGUUGUGUGUUAGGUCGGGAUAUGGUCCAUUUGCAGAGGAACUGGGGCAGUGCCACGCUGUGACCUCCUUCCAGAUGCUGGGUUCAAACAGCUCACCAUGCAAGGGGACAGGAUUCAGUGCUUCUUACUUUCCUUUGAGAGUAAGUCCCCCAGGUUCUUCCCACCACCCAGAGGCAACCACCAUUGUCGUAUUUUGAUGUGUCCUUGAUAGUCUUUGUGUGAGAGAGAGAGAGAGAGAGAGAGCGCUGGCAUCCUGGCUCCCAUUUGUGCCCUUGCUCUUUUUAGCAUCGCGGUCUGGCUCUGGACCUUCCCAUUCCUCUGGCUACACAGUCCUGGGCUGACGGACACUUCAGUUGCAUUCAGAUUUCUGAAGUUGUAAACAAGGAUGUACCUUUCACACUGUAGUUUCUUUUCUUUUUUUCUUUUUCCUUUGGCAUUCAGGAUCUUAGUUCCCUGACCAGGGACCGAACCCACGCCCCCUGCAGUGGAAGUCCACUCACUGCCUUUCUUACUGAACAUCUCUGUAGGUACAUUCCUAGAACAAAACUGCCUGUGCACUUAGCAGAUUAACGCACCUGCACACUGCGCCGCCCCCCGCCCAGGACACUGGCCCCCACAGCCAGGCGUGCCGCUUCCUCCCGGCUUCCUCACCCUCUUGAGGAGAUUCUGUUAACGUUUUCUUGUGAGGGGAGAUUUAAGGGCUUGGCAUUUUCUGUAAAUUGUUAAUUCUUUGCCCAUUUGUCUUUUAGGAUGUUAGUCUUUUUUAUAUUUGUGUGUACUUUUUUUUUUAAUAAAUAAGAGCCCCUUUGGGUAAGACUUUUGGUUUAUCGUGUGCCUGUUUUUCUUUAAACCUUUUUUGACCAUGCAGAAACUUUAGGUGUGUAUAUGUUUGUAUUUUUUAUUCCUGUUUUUAUUGCAUCUAGGUUUUAUGUCAUUACUCAACCUUCCUACUCCAAGGUUAUUAAAGAUUUUUUUUUUUAAUUCUGCUUUUUUCCUGGUUCUUCCAUGUUUUCAUUUUUGUUGAGGUAGGGUACACUUUAGUCUAGGACGAAUCUUUGCAGAGGCUGCCCCACUGUCCUUCCCGCACCUUCUCCAGUGCGUCAGCGCGCUUCUGCCAACCUGCUCAUGCGCCACACAUUUGGUUCAUUUCUGGGCCUUCCAUUCUGUUGCUCUGUCUCCUUAUUACGUUCUUGUGGUUUUAUAGCAAGCCGUAAUACCUGGUGAUGCUAGCCUGACGUUAGUUUCUUUUUUUCAAAAGGUUGUUCUCAUUUUGUGUAUUGAGUUGGCCAAAAAGUUCCUUCAAUUUUUAAGUAAAAGUAAAAGACACAUUUUUCAUUUUCACCAAGAACUUUAUUGAACAACAUAUUCACUGUUUUAUUCCACUACAUUCUGCCAUUUUUCAGGCAGCUUCAUAAUUCCAUCUUCCCAAAACUUUUUUCGAGCAAAGAACUGUCUCAGGUGCCUUUUACAGUAUUUCAGGGAAUUAAAAUUUUUUCCAUUAAGAGAAUUUUGUAAAGACCGAAAUAAAUGGAAAUCUGAAGGUGCAAUGGCUGGUGAACACGGUGGAUGAAUCAGAACUUCCCAGCCAGGCUGUAACAGUUUUUGCCUGGUCAUCAAAGAAACAUGUCGUCUUAUUAUCCUGAUGGACGGUUAUAUGUUUUCUGUUGACUAAUUCCAAAUACUUUCUGUCGAAUGCUGCUUUCAGUUGGUCUAAUUGGGAGCAGUACUUGUUGGAAUGAAUCAUUUGGUUUUCCAGAAGGAGCUUGCAAUAGAGGACUCCCUUCCAAUCCCACCACAUACAAAACAUCACCUUCUUUGGAUGAAGACCGACCUCUGGUGUGGUUGGUGGUGGUCCACUUAGCUUGCCCACGAUCUCUUCCAUUCCACAUUGUUGUAUCAGAUCCACUCUUCAUCGCCUCUCACAAUUUCUUUUAAAAACAGAAGGCUUUCAUUAUGUUUCAAUGGGGAGCUACAUGAGGAAAUGCGGUCAAGAAAGUUUUUUGAUUAACUUAUGUGGAACCCAGACAUCAAAGUGAUGAACAUAACCAAACUGGUGCAGAUGGUUUCAACGCUUGAUGUGGAUGUCAGUUACCUCCCACGUGGUGUAAUGCUGACUGUUCUCAGUUAAUGUCUUGAUUUGAUCGCUCUCAACUUCAACUGGUCUACCCGACAGAGGAGCAUCGUCCAGUGAGAAAUUUCCAGCAGGAAACUUCGCAAACCACUUUUGACAUGUUCAAUCAGUCACAGCACCUUCUCCAUACAAUGCACAAAUCUUUUUUUGCGUUUCAGUUGCAUUUUUACCUUUCUUGAAAUGAUAAAGCGUAAUAUGCUGAAAAUGUUGCUUUUUUCCCCUUCCAUCUUUAAUAUUAAAAUGGCUACACAGAAAUUCACCAAUUUUGAUUUUUUUUUUUAAUGCACGCUGACAUGACGGCUAUCACAUGCAAUCUAACAAAAUUGUUUCGAAUGAAGUAAGACAACUGAAUGCUACUAGAGACAUCUUACGGAAGUUACAGUAUAAAAAGUUCUAGGUUAACAUAGAAUUGACGUGAUCAUAUUGGAUCAUUCCACCCAAGAGCAUAGGAGCCUUUUGUUUAGAUUUUCUGCUGUGUUUCACUAGCAUGCUGAAGUUCCCCUGUCAGUCUCUCAUGUUUCUUGCUGUGUUUAUCCCCACCUGUUGUAGUCUGGCUGCUGUCGUAUAUGUGUAGAAUCAUUUCUUCAGUCUAGCUGGCUGAUGCUCGCACGUGUGCAGACUGGCGGCUUCUGCAUCACUCGUGCACGGA